AUGUUGGAGAAUUUUUUUCUUCAUCCUCCACCAAAGGAGAAGUGUUCAAUGGAAUUGCAAGCAGCGGUAGAGAAAUUCCUCGAUGAAAGGACGAAAACUGGGAGAAGUUUUAAUGCAGACUUACGUAGCAACAAGGGAUAUAGAAAUCCAGAUUUGUUGGAGCAUUUAGUGAAUUUUCAUAAGAUUGAUCAAAUUGGAUCUUGUUUCAGUAAAGAUGUAUUCGAUCUGCAUGGAUAUAAUAAAGGUGAUUUUUACGAUGAAAUAGAGGCACAGGCGCGUGAAGUGGAGAUCAGAAGAGAGCAGGAGCGUCAGAGGACGAGUGCAAAGGUUGUCAUCAUACCACCGUGGGCAGCUGGGGAUGGUAGACAGAAGAAAAAGUCGAAGUGGGACAAGGUGAACCCUGUCUCUACUGUUGGUGCACAUGCUGGUGCUGGUUAUGCUGCAUUCGUGCAACAAAAACGCCAGGACCAGGGGCUACAACGCCAAGGUGUUCACCCAAACCCCUCGGCAAAAAAUUACACUAAGCAACCUAAUGACAAGAAGCCAAUUAGAUAG